GUGCUACUUUGUAUUUCUACUGAAUCAAAUCUGGGCAGUGUUUACAAACAUUGCUCAGAGCCAGGGGCAAACUGACAACUCAUGGGGCGCCCCGGGCCCUCAAUAGGGGAUCAUGGGGCCCCUGUGUCCUUGCCCAAACUCAAAAAAGCUAUGAAAAAGGUACCAGGGGCAUCUCAUGGGGCCCCCUACUGAUCCCGGGCCCUCGGGCAGUGCCCGAGUUUCCAAAUGCUCAGUCCGCCCCUGCUCAGA